UUACCUCUGAAGAGAGGUGGGGGUAGGGAGCUGACAGUACCAUUUGCCUUCCUCCCUGCUUGCCAGUUACCCCUCCAGAGCCCACCGAACAAACGCCGCAGCCCCCGCUCCUCGGCUAACGAGUCAAGAACCCGCUCAUAUGGCCACUGGAAGCUCUGCCCACUGCCCGCCGUACCGGGUACUGGUCCGUGUGUCCGAGAGCUGCUCUGGACUGGAGAAGAAGCUGCAAAAGUAUUUCCAGAGCCUGAAGAAGUCCGGGGGAGGCGAGUGCAAGGUCAAUGCCGGCCUCACCGAAGGAACUUUCUGGGUAGAGUUUUUGGAAAAAGAAGCCAAGGAAAGAGUGAUAGCAAAGAGAGACCAUACUGUGGAGGUCAGUGCUACAUCACAUGUGAAAGUCUUCCUAGAAACAAAGGAAACCUCAGGAGAGAAGAACACUUUGGAGAUAAGCCAGCUUUCCUCCCAGACUCAGUCACUCCCAAAGGAAUUUCCAGAUAAGAAGCAUCCAGAAGAAGGAGGUGCUUCUGGAUCCUCUGAUUCCUUCAUUCGAAAGAUAUUUCUCCAUGUGGAGGCCCACUUGAGCUUCAACCUUUCCAAGGAGCAAAAGGAGAAAAUUAUUAAUCUCUGCCCAAAUCUCAAAAUAGAGGGAGGCCGUGAUGGAGUUGAGAAAAUGAUUGGUGACUACGAAGAUAUUGAAAAAACUCAUCGAUUCUUAAGUGAGAGGAUGUUGGAAAAUGACCAAAAGGAAGAUUUUCCCCACUCCACCUCAGCAAGAGCAGUGAAGAAAAGUAUGCCAAAUGACUGGGACAGUCCUAUUCUUCCCUCAAACCCAAAACAUGGAACAGAAGAGGCAGACCAUAUCUCAGUUCCUUUACAUUUGUAUGAAUAUUUUAAAUAUCUCUUUGCUGAAACUUUGAACAGAAUAGAAAAAAAGCACAAAGUACAUAUCAAAAGUACUUUGUCAUAUCAUGCUGGCAAUGUCGGUUUAGAUUUUGAGACAAGUAAUCCUAGGGACAAAAAAGCAGCUCAAGAGGCUUUUACCAGAGCAUUUCAGAAGGAAAUACAGAAUGUGACCUCUCAGGAAGUUCAUUUCACAGAUGAUAAGCUGGCAUCUGAAGUCCAAAGAACACUGACCUACAUGUUUAAAAACCUCCAUAUGAGAACAGAAGGAAAAGUCUUAAUUCUCCAGGGAGACCCAAAGGAUGUUUCAGAAGUUAAAGGUUUCAUUGAAGCAAACUUCUCCCACAAACAACCUGUGAAAAUAAUGGUUUCCCAAAACAUGAUGAAGAAUGGACUUGAGGUCGAUACUGAUCACUUGCAUCUUUUGUUCCAAGAAAUCACAGAAAUAGAGAAAAAAUAUGACACUGCAGCAGCAAUGGUGAACAGCCCCCAAAAGGGGAAAACCCGCCUUGUAUUUACACCCAAAGGCCUAGACCUCUCUGCACAUGCUUAUCAAUAUUUUAUUGAUGUCUAUCAGAUGAUCUCACCACAGAUUGUCAAAGAGGCAGUUAUCCUAAAGCCAUUAGACCAAGAGGGAAAGUUUUGGUCUGAAAAGACAUUCUUUGAAGACUUUGAAAGAAAGCACCCACUUGUAAAGUUCAAGUGGAAUAAAGGAGAAUUGACAUUGACUGGUUUUUCCAACUAUCUUGCAGAGGCAAUGAAAUAUAUAAAGAGAUAUUUUAGUAUUGAAGGUCCUGCUCAGCAGAGACCAGCUCUCUCCCUUGGAGAGAAUUGGAAUGAAGACCCCAAAUCCACUUUGGACAAAAAUGGUGAUCCUUUGUCCCAGGGAUUCCCUACCUGUGGGGUUUUAGAAAAAGAGGAGGAGGAAGAAAAGGAGGAAUGUGUCAUCUGUAUGGACAUUAUUCACCACAAAGUAGUCCUACCAAAGUGCAAGCAUGAGUUCUGUGGCCCUUGUAUCAAAGAGGCCAUGGAGCAUAAGCCAGUGUGUCCUGUAUGCCAGACUUCCUACGGUAUUGUGAAAGGGAAUCAGCCAGAGGGAAAAAUGACUUACUCUUGUUUGAGUUAUGCACUUCCUGGUUAUAGUUCAUGUGGCACUAUUGAGAUUCAGUAUGACAUGAGUGGAGGCAUACAGACGGGAAAUCAUCCCAACCCAGGAAAACAAUAUGAAGGAACAAGACGACUGGCAUACUUGCCAAAUAAUGAAGAAGGACAGCAAGUUUUGAGUCUCCUCCAAAGAGCUUUUGAGCAAAAGUUGAUUUUCACAAUAGGACAGUCUCGGACAACAGGACGAAUAGAUGUGAUCACAUGGAAUGAUAUACACCACAAAACUCAUCAAGAUGGUGGCCCAGAAAACUUUGGUUACCCCGAUCCCAACUAUCUGGAAAGAGUCAAGCUGGAACUGAAGGCAAAAGGGAUUGAGUAAGAGUGCUGGCUUCAAGGAUGCCUUGAGAGCUGGGCUUGCAAAAGCUGCAGCUAUGGAAAAGAAUCCAAGCAAUCAUUAAAAUAUGUGCAUAUAGGCACCAUUUAGAGAAAAAGAAAAGAAUUUGAGAAGAAAUCAGUUUGUUUAGGGGUGAGUGGGAUGAACUGCUAUGUGCUAACCCAUCUAAUUUCUUAGAGAUUUUAUUUUUUAUUAGACAAACUAAGAGCCUGGUAGGAAUGUAAAUGUUGCUCUAGUGAGAACCCAAAGUGUUUCUCUUGGUACUUUCCUGCUUGUCUCCAUUUUGCUUUCACCAGGGAUACUGGAGUUAAGGAAUCUUCCAUUGUACCACUUGCACAAGGUGACAACUGCCCUUCAGGUACACUCACAUUGUUUGUGGUCAGUUGUUGGUGGCCUCAAACUCACUGGAGCUAGCUCCCUUGUAACUGGAAUGGUUGCCAGAAACAUUAAAAGAUUGGAAGACACUUUGAAGCAAAUUAUAGUCUCCCAAUACUUGUAUGAGUCCUUCACUUCAGAAAGACACUAUCCAUCUAUGGGGCUCUGGCAAAUUUAAUGCAAAUUGAGGAGUGGGGAAGGAUAUUUCUCUCUUCACUAAAGUCCAGUGACUUCCAAUCACUUUCAGGAACAAAUCUACAGGCCUCUGUUUGGCAUUCAAAACCCUUCAUACCCUUGCCGUCACUUUACUUCCCUACUAUAUCCUCUGUGAUUCAGUGAUACUGGCUUCCUUGAUGUGCCUUGCACAAAAAACUCCAUCUCACUUGAUUGUGCAUUUUCACCAGAUGAUCCCCCCAUGCCUGCAGUUCUUUCCCUUUCACCUACCAGCUUCCCUGACUUCUUUCAAUUCCUAACUAAAAUCCCACUUUCUACAUGAAACCUUUCCCAAAUCCCCUUACUGCUA